AUGCAUAAUCAUCAAGAUGCGAUUUCAAAAUAUAUGUAUUCUGAUGAUUCUCAUUAUAAAUAUAAUCAAAAUUAAGCUUAUAGACUACAAAAUUAAGGAAUGAUACAACAAGAAUAGUAAUAAAUGGAAUUCCAAAAAUAAAAAUAUUAAAAUAUCGAAUAGUAGGAAGCCUUAAUUUAAUAUUAUGUUUAUGAAGACUUUUAAAAUUUGAUCAAUCUAUUAUAUUCAUAUUAAGUUGUCAAAAGGCAUUUUAAAAGUCAACCUAGGCAUCCUGCCAUAAUUUUAAGCAAGAAUAAAAUAAUGCUACAAUUAAGUAUUUCAAAUUCAAUUCAUUCUGAUUUAUACUAAACUAAUAAAAGUUAUUAAGAUCAAAAUAUUUUAAAAAAAGAAAAGGAGAACGUUAAAAGUAUGAUAAAGAAAAUGAGGAACGAUAUUUAAAAUAAUGAUUUAGAUAAAGAAAGUGAAGCCUACUUAGAAUUAUAUAUUAAAUAUUCUAUGGGGGAUCACAUUGAAUUCAAGUAAUUUGAAUUAUAAAAAAUGAAUUAGGAUUAUAAUUUCAAUCAAGGUGUGUUAGACAAAAUUUUCCCUUAAAUUUCUUAUGUGGAUGAGCAAAUUAAAAGUUUAAGAUAAAGAAAGUACUAUAAUAUUCCUUCAGUAUAGUAGAUAAAAAUUAAAGCUCAGGAAUAUGAAAGACUGACUGAAAAUAAAUUAUUAAUUAAUUAUCCAUUAAAUAAUUACAAUUACAGAAGUCCUUAGAAAUAAGAUUAUCACAACUUUUAAUUAGAAAAUCCAAAAUAUUAAUUCAAUUAAUUUACAAACAUAAGCUAAUCUUUAAUUUCUAGUAGUUCUCAAACUUAAAAAAAAUAAUAAUAUUGA